UUAAAGUGGGAGAAUACAAUCUGAUCUGCGUUGAUUGGAAACAAUAUUCGACUGAUAUAUCAUACGCAGUAGCGAAGAUGAGAUCCAAAUACAUUGCACUGGAUAUCGUCAAGGUGUUGUUGAAGAUUACGCAUAAUAUGACGGAGGGCUGCUAUGACAGUUUGCACGUGAUAGGRCACAGUAUGGGAGCACACAUUUCCGGACAUGUUGGAAAAAAUUUGCCCAACCUUUAUCGGAUAACAGGGUUAGAUCCCGCAAAACCGAUGUACGAGAAUAGUGGACCAGAUGACAGACUAGAUAUGACUGACGCGAUAUAUGUUGAUGUAAUGCAUACUAAUGCUGGUCAAAAUGGGCUUAACAAAUCUAUUGGUCAUAUGGAUUUUUACCCAAAUGGAGGAUCAAAGCAGCCGAACUGCAGUGAAAGUUCAGAUAAACAUGGUUCGUGUAGUCACGUUAUAUCCUACCAUUACUACGCACACUCGAUAUGGUCCAGAGAGGAUUAUAUUGCAUAUAGGUGUCCCAGUUGGGACGACUUUAAAGCGUAUCGGUGUGACAAUGCCAGCAAAAAUCUGAUGGGCGAAUGGGUAUACGUGAACGGGAAAAACGGCGAUUAUUAUUUGAAUGCUAGUACUCAAGAUUAGUGGACACAAURCACAAGGCGACGUACAACUCUGUUUCUGAUAUUUGGAAAUUUUUUUAUAUUAUAAUUAAUUAUAAAAAGUAUUUGAUUUGUAUAUUAAUGUU